AGAGUUUCCAACACAUAGUGAUUUUGGUUCUUUUCUUUGACCAUUAUCAUUCAAACAUGUUUCUACAUCUAAACUAAUUUUAAGUCUUUUUCAACAUUUAUGUCAAUUUGCAUCAAGUUUUCUUGUUUGAUUUGUGUAUAAGAUAAGAUAUUUCUGUUAAAUCAUUAUUAUUAUUAUAGCUAGAUAGAUCAAGGUAUACUUAUGAAUUAUAAUAAUAUUAGUAUUACAGAGAAAUUAAAUCAGGAAGAAAUUAACAUGGGAACUGCUGCUCAAAGUUCUUCAGAAAUCUAUACAAGUGAUAGUGAAAAGGGUUUUGCAAUGGGUCAUCACUCUUCUAGUUCACCUGAAUUAGAUGCAGGAGCAAAGUUUGUUCUUGUAUCUCAAGGAUCAUGGUUACACUGUGGUUAUCAUUUGACAACAUCUAUUGUUGGACCUGUGAUUCUUACACUUCCAUUUACAUUCACUCUUCUGGGUUGGUUUGGAGGAAUUAUUUGGCUGAUCCUUGCUGGAGUUAUUACAUUCUAUUCGUAUAAUCUUUUGUCUCUUGUCUUGGAACAUCAUGCUCAGCUCGGUCGUCGCCAGCUUAGGUUUCGAGAUAUGACUAGAGAUAUUUUAGGACCUAGAUGGGCAAAAUACUAUAUAGGCCCUCUUCAAUUUAUCAUAUGCUUUGGGACAGUAAUUGGUGGUCCUCUUGUAGGAGGAAAGAGUCUCAAGUUCAUUUACCAACUCUAUCAUCCAGAAGGAGGAAUGAAGCUUUACCAAUUCAUUAUUAUAUGUGGAGUUGUAACAAUGGUUUUGGCUCAACUUCCAUCUUUUCAUUCCUUGAGACAUAUUAAUCUCAUUUCUCUGAUUCUCUGUGUGACUUACGCGACGUUUCUAACGGUCGGUUCGAUAUACAUUGGUCACUCGAAAGACGCGCCGCCGAGACAUUAUUCUGUAAAGGGCUCUCAUACAGAUAAACUCUUUGGUGUCUUCAAUGGUAUUUCAAUCAUUGCUACAUGUUAUGCUAGUGGAAUCAUUCCAGAAAUUCAGGCAACUUUAGCACCUCCUGUGAAGGGAAAAAUGUUCAAAGGAUUAUGUGUGUGUUAUUCUGUUAUAUUAGCUACAUAUUUCAGUGUAGCUAUUUCUGGUUAUUGGGCAUUUGGAAAUGCAUCUGGUGCAACAGUUCUUGCUAACUACAUUGGAGAGACAAAGCUAUUAUUACCAAAAUGGUUUUUCUUGAUGACUAAUAUACUCAUCCUUCUUCAAGUGUUCGGAUUGACUGCGGUAUAUUUGCAACCGACAAACGAACUAUUUGAAACGAUUUUUGGAGAUCCGAAAAAAGGACAGUUUUCGAUGCGCAAUGUCGUGCCGAGAGUACUGUCUAGGUCAAUAUCAGUAGCAGCAGCCACUCUCUUUGCAGCUAUGUUGCCAUUCUUUCCGGAUAUAAUGGCAUUGUUUGGAGCAUUUGCUUUCAUUCCUCUUGAUUUCAUUUUGCCUAUGGUUUUUUUCAAUAUAACUUUCAAGCCUUCCAAACAAAGCUUAAUAUUUUGGGUGAAUACAUUGAUUGGAGGAGGAUCUUCAAUUUUAGUUGUGAUAGGUGGAAUAGCAUCAAUUAGACAAAUAGUCCUUGAUGCUAAAACAUAUAGUUUAUUUUCUGAUUCUUAAAUAUGUAUAAAAAUUAUAAAUUGUAAUAUAGUGAGAAACAAUACACAAUUCAUUUUUAAGUUACUUUAUAUGUUUUCUGAUAUUUAAUAUUAUAUCUGGGCAUAUUUGAAAUAACAGUGAGUUUGACAAAAUUCCAAUGAUAAGGUUAUUUUAUUAAAGGUUAAUCAUAUGAUCUGAAUCUCGUAUUUAUUCUUAUGGAAAUUGAAUAAAAUUUGAAAAAGAAAAAAAAACAAAAAGGUGGAAAAAUUGAAAAGGAAAAUGAAAUUAAAAAGAAAAAAAGAAAAAAAAAAUUUGAAGGUGACAUUGAAGUUAUCUUGAAUUUUGGCCAUUUAUGAAGUUUUCCUACACUCAACUAUUACGUGAACAUUAUGUAAAAGGAAUCUCAAUUUCAACAAUUAUUAAUUAAACCAUAGAUACACAUAAUUUAGACUGUUUACUAUCACUAAAUCAUCCUAAUUAUUUAAUUUUAAUUAAAACUACUAAAUUCACACUCAUAAAUAACAUAAGGGUCAUGCUAACGAGUGCUCCAGGGGCACUCUUUAAGCAUUCUAAUUAAAGAAUAUAUUCUAUAGAAAAGUUAACAAUUUCAAUUUCCGAGACAAUUAAUACACAUAUUAUCAAGAAAAACUUACUAUUUUAAGGCCUUAAAGAGUGCCCCUGGGACACUCGUUAGCAUUUCCCAUAACAUAAAUAUAAAUAAAUUCACUGAAUUUAAAUUUACAAUUAAAAUAAAUAAGAAUUAUUUUGAUUUUUUGAGUAUGAAAGUAAUUAAGCAAAGCAAAGCAAAGCAAUUCAAACCGAUUCCAUCGCUUCCGUUUCCGUUGGUAUCUCCGCCGUCAGAAUGAGUAACAAAUCCACCGGAACAAUGGUGGUUACCACCACCGCUACUACUCAACAGCCACAAGAAGUAGUUGAAACUCCGAAGAAGCCUUUCAUCCCUUUCUUCCCCAAUUUCAAUUUCAACUUCAAACUCCCUCCUUUUUUCUUCCCACCAAAACAGCGCCAACAACAUCAGCAUCAGGGUGAGGAAGAAGGAAAGGCUCCGAAUGUUGUGACGUUUCCGAAAACCGAACAAUCUGCUGUUGUUAUUCCUGCGCCUCUUCAGGCUCAAGCUGAUUCUCAGGGCCUUUCUGCCAAGACUUCUGAUCCCUUUAAGCUUUACCAGAUUUAUGCAGUAGGAGCAUUCCUUGUUUCGAGUUGGAUUUGGGCAAGGUGGAAUGAGAGGAAGGCUCGAGGGAGGUCUCCGAAUGACGAAGAUGAUGGAACUGGAUCACAGGAAAAUGAAUAGAUAUUUGUAGUACUUGUAUACAAUAAUGAUGCUACUUGAAUAUUUUCACACUGUUUCAAAGAAAAAUUUGUUUCAUUUUCUUCA